AUGGCGCCUACUCGUGUUUACCAUUUCAUUUCCAAGCCAGCGGUUCGGCCCGCUGAUGUCCAUGCCAAUGGCGUCUUGGCUAGAGGUCCCGUUGUAGCCAGAACUGUUCUCUCUGCUCGCGACGCGACCAUCGACCCAACCGUCGGCACAAUCAGUCCACACAGCAUCAACAACACUGGCAUGUUUGUGCUGUUCGGUAUCCUGGGAGCCGCCAUCUGCGUCGGAAUCAUCUGGUUUUUCUUCUGGGCUAGGAACGGAGGAUUCCACUUCCGGGAGGAUGACUGGGACGACUACAAGUCAACUGUUCUCCGGCGGAAGGGUCCCAACGGCACCAUCCUGUCGAAUGCUACGAAGAGCACUAAACUGGGUGGAGGGAGCGUUUACAAGGAUGCCGCCGACUAUGCGGACGAUACGACGACGGUGAUCACCGCAUCCUCGGGGUCGACCGACUUGUCGGGCGUAACGGCUGGGGCCAGUGACAUUGCCGGCCGUGAAAGGCGGCGCAAGAAGCAAGAGCAGCGUGAGCGCGAGAAGGAGAAGGAGAGGGAACGUCGGCGGGUAGAGAAGGCACGAGACAAAAAGGACAAGAAGAGCAAGAAGGAACGUUCACGGCGCCAGGUCAACGAGGAGGGUGUUCUGAUUGACGAGAACGCCGAGGCCGAAGCGAAGGCGCAACUGCGGAACUACCGGAACGAAAAGGCGGCACGCGUGGGCGGCAUCAACCGCGAGAGCGACUCGUCUGUCUGGGAUGGAUCCACGAUCCCGGGCAGCUCGACGGUCGGGACAGAGAGCACGGUCACGUCUGAGCUGAUAAGCCACCGCGAGGUGACGCCGACCAGCUCGCCGACGAAGAAGAAGAGGAGCAGUGUGCCGCCAACCAGCAGCGGCGGUGGCAUCCGAAAGGUCUACAGUACGGCCGACCGUAACGAGGUGCGCGAGAACGAGCGCAUCCGCCGUGAAGCCAGACGUCUGGAGCGGGAGCGCGAGCGUGAAAGGGAGCGUGAACGGGAGCGUGAACGGGAACGGGAACGAGAGCGUGAGCGUGAGCGUGCAGCGCCCGGCCGCCGUGACUUCAGCUGGCAGCACGGAGAAGAUGCCGUCACACACCUGCGCCGGAUCGAGGAGGGUCCGCACGACGACGACAUCACAUCCGAUGUUCCUGGCGCUUGGCAAGACAACAUGACAGAGAGCGAUCUCGGCACCAAGGCCUACCACCACUUUAUUCCAGGCCUGUCGAACAACGGGUCGGCCGUGGAGGAAGACGAGGCAGAGUACGAUCGGCGAAAGGAUCGCCGCAGCCGCAAUGGGUUCCGGCGCUGA